AUGUUUUCUCUAUCUCAAAGGUUUCAGGACAUCACUGGGCUUUUGAGUUCAACGAUCAUGUUCAUGUCUGUUGUCAUUUCAAUUUUGUCUGCCUUUCAAUUGAAUGCUAGUGGUUAUCAACGCUUACCGGGUCAGAUUGUUGUGAAAGAAACAUUCAAUAAAAUUCGUUACUCUAGGGAUUUUGGUGGGAAAUAUAGUUCUGGAAAGGAAAAUGUGAAACUCCGGUUUGAUCUCGAAGCGGAUCUCACUUCCCUUUUCAAUUGGAAUACAAAACAAGUUAUCAUUUAUCUUGUCGGAAACUAUAACAAUUCGCAAAUGAAUGGUAUAAACCAUUUGGAAUCAAAAGUUGUUUUUUGGGAUAGAAUCAUCAAGGAUCGUGAUCAUGCCAAAAUUCACUUGAAGAACAAGAAGAGUAAAUAUUCAGUUUAUGAUUAUUAUCCUAUACUAUCAAAUAAAACGGCUACAAUGAAAUUAGAAUUUAACGUACAGCCGUGGGUGGGCCCAUUAUUAUGGGGAACGAUAGAUUCAAAUGAUACGAUCAUUUUUGCAGAUAGUGACAUUCACAAAUGA